AUGGCGACUUCACCCGCUGGUCGCAUGCUCUCCCGCCAGCUGCAGCAGAUGCAGUCCGAUAAGGACAUCCCGGGCAUCAGUUGCGGCCUGGUUGACAACAAUGUUUUCGAAUGGGAGGUCAUGCUCAUGAUCUCAGAUGAUGUAAAGCUGUACGGAGGUGGUAACUUCCGUGCUCGUCUCUCAUUUCCUACCGACUAUCCCCACCUUCCUCCUAAGAUGAAGUUCGAAUCUCCUCUUUUCCACCCUAACAUUUAUGAGAAUGGUGAUGUCUGCAUCUCCAUCCUGCACCCGCCCGAAGAGGAUAAAUACGGCUAUGAGUCCGCCGCCGAACGUUGGUCGCCUGUCCAGACCCCCGAGACCAUCUUGCUCUCCGUCAUUUCCAUGCUCUCCAGCCCCAACGAUGAGAGCCCGGCAAAUGUCGAGGCCGCCCGACUAUGGCGCGAAGACCCCGUUGAGUUCAAAAAGCGCGUGCGAAAAUGUGUUCGCGCUAGCUUGGAGGAAUGA